AUGAUGCGUCAUUUAGACAACGCUGGAUGCCGUACAGGUCAUCUUUACAGACAGGAAGCUAUGGCCAGCCCUCAUCGAUUUCGUAAAAGCAAAACUAUGAAUGGACAUGGGACUAAUAGUCAUGAAGAUGAGAUACAAAUUCCACCGUCUGCAUCAUCUAUAACUGCUACAAUGGCUUACUAUUAUGAUGAUGGAGUUCUUUCAGGGGAUGAAACUGAUACACAUAGAGCAUCAACACUAAGGCGUGAAUUUUCAGAAAAGCGAUGGUUUAACACGCCUAACAAAUACACUAAAGAAGUGAUUGAACCUGCACCUGGCCAUCAGCCAGUUGCUCAUUGGGUUUGCGAACGAGAAGCAGCUGUUCAUAAUGCUAUAUGUAAUGGUGCUCUGCCUCCUCCAGCACCGUUUCACCCUUUGACUCAUGGAGCAGUGCCACUUGGAUCAACAGGUGGACCGGCAACCGGCACUUCUUCAGUCCUCUCACCCUACAAUGUUUUCGCACCUCAAGGGUCUAAUCCAAAAGAAUACCGGGAUCAACAGAAGAAGGUUAAGGCGAAGUAUUACCAUGAUACCAAUACUGCUGGACCCCAGUCUCGAUUACUAGAUGGUCUCACGUGGGACGAGGCUAGAAGAGUUCGUGAUGAGGGUUUGGUCAAAGUACUUGGUCCAAGAGCUGCUGCUUUAGUGGCGGGUGGAGUUACAAGUGAAAUGCCGGUGGCUGCUGCUAGUAAAGCAAUCAUCCAACGCGAUGUUCGAAACGCUGCAGUUAUAUAUGACGGUCUUUAUUCUCAUCAAAAUCCAUUUGAAAAAAUUACCGAUGAAGAGCUAGAAAUGUAUAGGCGUGAAAUUGAGCUUAAAAAUAAUCCUGAAUUGAUUGCUGAAAUGGAUCAUUCUCGUCAUCAUCUUACAGGUCAGGAUACAUCUUUAGAGGUACCUAGUAAUACCACACAUCUAAUGGAUUCACUAGCUGUGGAUAGCGGAGCCACUGAUUUAGAAAGUGCUAGUGAACUUGGCCCAGCGACUCAUUCACUGGUACAAUUAUCUGAAUUAUCUCCAUCUUUCCAUGAAUCCAAAGAAUUGAGAGUUGCAGAGAUUCGUCAUUCUGAAACCUAUCCAAUUGACAGUCCAGCUACUGGUCGUCUUGCACCUCCAGCUACCACUGGUACACUAACAUCGGAGCCAAGUGGAACUGAAGAUAUGAGUGAAAGUGAUGGUAAACAUAAAAAGAAGAAAAGACGUUUCAAACUUCCUUCAUUUUCUUUGAAAUCUAAAGAUAAAUCAAAGAGCAAAUGAAUGUAAUCAUUGAUGAUAAUAUAGAUAACUCAGUCAUUGACACCUUACGAUUUACAGUCCUCAUAAUAAUAAGGUAUAUGUACACUUAUGUGUUGGUGUUGCUGCAUGCUGCACACACACACACAUCCGCACACCUACAUUUGUGUACCUAUUUGUCUAUCAAUAUAUUCGAUGAAACAUCCACAUCAUUCAACAGAUUUCGGAGAGUGGCUGUGCCUUAAUUGUUCACUCUAUUGCCUCCUAUAAUCCUUCAAAGGUAAGGUAGGUGAUGAUAAUAGUUAUAAGUAGGUAAUCUUCAUUUUCUGUGCACACACAUUUGUCAAUGUUCACAUCUAAGUAUCAUACGCUUAUAAGUGUAUACACCUAAUAGAUUAGUGUUUACUUUCUUUAGUUUGGUUAUAUUCCAUUUUGAUAUUGUGCAAAAUUUAACGAAUUUUCUUGAUAAAACUGUAAGUUAUAUUCAUCAACCAAUUAAUAUGCUUCGCUUUCCCUUGAUGAAAAUCAAUUGUUUUACUUGUAGUAAUCUCUUUUAUCAUAGAAAGAUUACUUCGCCUUCCAUUUUAUCUUCCUUAUUUUCAUCCAAGUGACUGAGAUCAUUUGUAAAGAAUUAUCCACUCCUUUCCUAUUAUUUAUUAUUAUUCUAAUGUUUACUUUUACACAUAUAAGGUGAAACUGAGCACCUCUUUAUUUGUUUACUCAUGAUACACAGCUGUCUUGCACUGAUGAUUACACUUUCUAGCUUUUUUAGUUAAUGCUUUUCAAUAAGUCAUUGUAUUCUCCUCCCCCCUACUGUGAGUUCAUUUAAGCGUGCAAUUGUUUUGUUCCUUCCUUAAGCAUAACUUGUAUUUCCUUUGCUGCUCAUUGACGUGUGUGUGUGUGUGUCCGUGUCCAUUUUCUAUCGAAUAGUUGUAUUGUGUUACUUUUUAGUAUUAUUUCCCUUUCUUAUCUUUUUCUAUCUGUAUAGUUGUUAAACUGUCAGAAAAUCCUGCUUCCCUAUAGAGCCUAUUUCAUUCCAUCUCGCUUUAAUUUACUUACAUCUCAUAUUUCUUCGCUUUUUACUUUGGUCUACCAUAUUAUAUCGAAAUGUUGUUGCGUUCUUUUUUUACAACAGUCAAAAAUAUCUGAUUUUUCUUCCACGCUUUGUUGUGCUUUUUUUCUCUCCCUGUUAUCGGAAAAAUUGCUUGAUUAUUUGUGUUGUCUUCAGCGAAAUUUUUUCCUUUGAUUUGUUUUUCCGUUUCAAUCUUACAACUCAAGUUAUAAAUAUGCUUAAGUAAUAUACCGAUAUUUGAUCAGUAAUGACG